AUGAUCCGUAACAAGUUGCGGCCCAGUGAUUUUUCUCCUUUUGGGCACAUUCACACUUUAAGUGCUCUGCGCUUCUUUGCUCAGGAGAGUUCAGGAGCAUUUUCUCUUGUGCAGUUGCAGUGUAUCAGCUGGCCUUGCUUUGUGGAUCUUUGGCUCCAGGUUUUUUUUAAUUCAAUUCUUGAUUUGCCUCUAGCUGCAAUUUUCCGUAUGCGCGCGCGACGUUUUCGUCUCUCCGGGGCUUUGCUCCUUUGCGCUUUUUUGGCAAGCGAGAUUGCGUUCCUAGGCUUCCCAAGGCCGUUGAAAUCUCCAGAUGCCCCCUCCGCAAACGUCGUUUCAAAGAUCGCGGAGGCACCUCAGAGCAGUGUGGCGAACAUUGAGGAGAGAAUAGAGGAGCAUGUCAGCAUUCCGGAGAUUUUGAAACGCUAUGGCUUGCCCGCGCUGUUUUUUCACUUCCUGGUCUGGGUUAGCACCCUUGCAGGGUGCUACUUAUUUUUGUCCGUCAACACCGGUAUCCUUGAGCUACUCCCGGCGGAGCUUCAGCAAAGGAUCAGUGGCGGAAGCCAGAUAGGUUAUGCGGCGGCUGCACUAGGUGCAGCAGAAGUUCUAGGCCCAGCCCGUCUGGCUCUGACAGUGACAGCAGCGCCAACGGCAUCCAGAGUGGCACGCCAGUUUGAAUGGUUCCGCAGAACAGAGCAGGAAAUUGUCAGCUUCAUGAGUGAUGCUGCAUCCAAGCUGUCGCAACUAUUUCUGAGGGCAUAGACCUUUGAGACAGCUGGCUGACAACGUAAUGAUAAGUCAAAACUAGCUGCAAAGAGCAGUCUUUGACAAAUUGAAGUCUCACCUCAAGGUGUGCCAGUUUUCAUGAGUUACAUGAGCCAAAACCCAGAACUCACCGUUUCCAGAAAGCAUUGCGUUGCUUGACCUUGAGAAUUUCAUGUACAGCUUCUGAUACUUUCUACAUUGUUCAGUGUGUUACUGAACUUAAUCAAAAGACGUAAGACCUAUCUGCUGUUUGUACGCAGCGUCAAGGAUUUUAUGAGAAAAGAAAGGCAAGUGCUUCCCAGCGGAGCGCCCUUGGGAGAG